GAGACGUAGUCAAAAUUUCGGUUUACGUUAUUAAUGCAGGGAUCAUGAUGUAAUUUCACAGAUCAAGAGUAACAAUUUAGCUGUAAAUGCAUUUUGUUGUGUGUUGGUAGCUCUGCACGUUUGAAAGUACAACGUGACGCAGAUCUAUGUAGUUUUAAGAAUUGCGUGUAGUUUAAUGGUGAAAUAUUAAUUCGAGAGAAAAGUUCGAAAUCUGGAAUAAUGAAGUCGAUAUCACAGCAAAUUGUAUUACCAGUCGUUCUUGGAUUGUCACUUACAAGUAUCGGUGUAGGUUUACUAUAUUUGCUACUUAAAAAGGACAAGGACAAUAAUAUUACAAAGAAUAAUCAAGUAGGAAAAGCACAUCAGAGUGUGUCUUUUCUUAAAGUACCAUCUCAGGUAGUUCCAGCUGUAAUUGGACGACAAGGCCAGAUUAUAAAAAAUAUAGAAGCAAAUACAGAGAGUUCGAUAAAGUUUGCACCUCCAGAUAUUGAAAGUAAAGAUCGUGUCUGUAUUAUACGUGGAAAACCUGAGAGCAUUCAGUUAGCUGAACAUAUGAUAAAUACAAUAAUUCAAAGUCAACCAAUCAUUGAAACAUAUGAGACAUUCAUACCACAACGUGCCUGUAGUCGUGUAAUUGGAAGGGGUGGUGAAACUAUACAACAGAUUCAAACGUACUCCAGUGCUAAGAUUAUUUUAGAAAAGACUCUGUCGAAUAAUCCAGAUGCUAAAAGAAGAGUCAUCAUAAAAGGAAGUUCCGAGCAAAUAGCAACAGCCUUAUCGUUAAUUGAAGAAAAAGUACGCGAGGACAACGAAGCUCGUGAAGAAUUAGAAGCUAGCUUAGCGUGCCGAUUACCACGAGGCAAAAUAUCUCCACGUAACACAGUCGUAAACGUAUCAGAAAAUGCUGCUCUACCUCCAGAACCUACAAUAAUGCCAGGAUUCAGCGGAUUGAUGGAAGUGUAUGUUAGCGCUAUGGAAAGUCCAAGUCAAUUUUGGGUUCAGGUGGUUGGCAAGGGUUCCAUAGCCCUUGACAAAUUAGUUUCGGAAAUGACAACCUAUUAUGACAAUCCAGAUAACCAAGAACUUCAUACCUUAAAAAACAUUAAUGUUGGUCAAAUGGUGGCAGCUAAAUUCAGUUUCGACAAACUCUGGUAUCGCGCUGAGGUCACUUCCAUCAUCGAAGCAGACAGUUACGAGGCUUAUUUCGUCGAUUAUGGGGAUCGUGAAAUAAUGAAAGCAGCCGACAUGUUGGAACUUCGAACAGACUUCCUGAGUUUACGAUUACAAGCAAUUGAAUGCUGCCUGGCGAACGUCAAGCCAAGGGAUGGCGAAUGGAGUCAGGAUGCCUCUGAGAAGUUUGCAGAUAUGUGCCAAUUGGCUCAGUGGAAGGUCCUUGUUGCGAAGGUCAGAGGAUACAAGGAAAGAGCAAUGGCAUUAGGCAGGUCACGUAGAGAAGGUUCACCCAUUCCUUGUAUCGAACUUUAUGAUAAGCAGGAUAAUAAGGAUAUUAAUGUGGGAAAGGAACUCAUUAACGAGGGUAUGGCUGAAUUUGAUCAAGGACCCUGGUCGGCAGCCAGCUCUACUUUAUCUCUUACAAAACGUGGAUCAGAACUUUCAUCAGUCGCUUCUCCGAUACAUUUUGACGUGACGUCGAAUGGUUCCGCUGGACCAAUUUCAUUGAAUACUAAUAAUGCAAUAGAAUCAAAACUCAAUGAACCCAGUGAUGAUUUGAAGACUACUCAAGUCAAUGGACACGAGAAAACAGCUAUUCACGUUAAUGGAACUAAUGACCAUUAUUCACGAAACAACGUAACACUAAACGAUACUAAUGAUGAUUUUCCAUCAGAAAUACCACGCGUUGUCGCUGGUGGUUACGAGAGCGAUUAUUCCGAAUCCGAUGAAUUGGAAAUGGGAUAAGUAAAAUUUUGUAUUAAACGAGGACUUAAAAUCUGGCACAAUACCAAUUUAAAAUUAGGAAAAAUAUUAACUAACUCUUUUCCCAAAGUGAUGGCUAAUGAGUGGUAUCGUUGGCUGGUAAAGUUAGAUCUUUUAUAAAGAAAAUUUUAGCCUUUGAUUCGAAUCGACAUUUUCAUGUCGAUUUAAUUAACAAAUCUGAUGCUAACUAAAGAAUAUCUAUUGCAUACGUCACGGCAUUAUGUGGUUUUCUAAGAUGUUAAAUAUAUUUUUCUUAUUAGCGUAACUUUAUUUAGAAUGGAAGUUGUAAGAUUGUUUGAAUCUCGCCUAAUGUCGUGACGUAUUUACAAAUCGAUCUUCAUGAGAUCGUAUGUUUUUUUGUUGAUUACGUUUUCAUCGAGCGAAACGCGCACGUUAAUACUACACUUUCGUGUAUCGUUACUUAUCAAUAUUUAUUAUGUACGAUUAUAUAUGCCGUUUUCGUUUAUAAUUCUAAUCUAUUUUUUUUACAAGAUUAUGUUUAUAAAUAGACGCGGAUAUGUCUAAGUUCACGCGGCAAUUAUCGUCAUUUGUGUAUUUAGAUAAUAACGAUCUCAGUGAAAUGCGGUACGAUGAAAAUAGCGAGAUCAAAUUGUAUUGUUUAAUUACAGGACUUAGAAAUGCGGUUACACGCAUAGUUAUUUUUCGUUUCUGACUCUCGUUACUGAUAAUUUUCCUCUUUUUUCUCCAGGCUGUUUCUCGUAAAAAAAAAAAAAAAAAAAAA